UGUUUUGAUUCUUUUUUCGGCUUUGAGAGGACAAAACUAUAAAGAAAUAUUGACGACAAAAAUCAAGGAAAAUGAGUUUAUUUGCGCAAGUAACCUACAGAGGCAGUAUAGCACCACAUUACAUCAUCCGUGCGCUAAGCUCAACCUCAACCUAUAAGCACGCCGGGCAUAAAUGGUGUGAAAAGAACAACCUACCGAAGAAUCCUAACAAAUCAGGACCAUUAACAGAUCUUCCAGAUUAUACCUUUAUGGAUGGUAGAGUUACGCCUCUAGGGGCAAACCAAAAGAAAAAGCUACUGCAGCAGCAUGAACUUGCAACUAAAAUUGUUACAAUGUCAAAGGAAAUGGACUUCGCAUUAGAACGGUACAACAAAUUGCAGGAAGAAAAACAAAUGGAGAAGAAGAGUAUCCUGCAGAGUAAACUUAAACCUAAGGGUCACUUGUUGUUACAUAAAUAAUUUAUCAAUAAU